ACUUCCCAUAUUAUCAGCAUUACAGUAGUAUUACAUGGUGCAAGGUGUGUGUUGUAGAAGCCUUCAAUAUGUUCAUUUGCUAUAUCAUCCUUGCCCUCCCUCUACUACAGGUUGAAGGCAGACUCGAUUAUGAAGGCAAAACAUUUACUGUAGCGUUUUUUCCAAACUACGUGAGCCUCUACGGCAGAUCGGUGACUGGACACCUGUAUUUUCGAAGUCAGUCAGGGGGCACCUGCUCGGUCACAGACGACGACGGGAAUGUCCAUCAAAGUUACACUCAACCAGACCAAGGAUGCUUUCACACAGUUCGAUCUGCCUGGCGGUAAAUUCUACAAUCUCGGAAUGUACGUUCAGAAGAGGGCCAUAUUUGUCCAGUGUACCGAAAAUGUCCAGCUAUACGGCAUGAGCACCAGGGACCAGGAUGUUGGAGCAGCAUCUGCCUUUUACAUCCUUCCCACCAGAUCACUUGACAUGCAGCCCGAGUACAUCAUCCCAUCCGUCCCUAACAACGCCAUGCUUGGGGUCGUUGCUAUAGAGAAUAACACGUCGGUCAGUGUUGACAUUAAAUCUAACUGUCCCUUUUUCGGUAACGGAGGGUCUAAAGUACUGAAUGCCCGAGAUGUGUACCAAGUGGCGUCUCUUCAGUCAGGGAAGGGAGUGUAUUGUACCCUCGGAGGUACACAUAUCAAAAGUAGUAAACCGGUAGCUUUAUAUUCCGGCGGAGUGAUACUUCUAUAUCCGGGUGACCAUGGUGAUCACGUUCUGAAUCAGGUACGACCGCUAUCGCAGUGGGGGCGUGAAUACAUAAUACCACAGGUGAUUAACAUGGACAAGUACAAUAUUCGCAUUGUAGCAGCCCAUAAUGACACGAACGUUACCAUAUAUGGGAAAACAACCACGUCAUUUGUACUUGGUGAAAGACAGGUUCACCAAGAAGACCAUUCCACCGACGACAAUGUCUUCAUCUCGGCCUCCAAGUCAAUCCUGGUGUCCCAGAUUGCUGGCAACGACCAGGGUUAUGACGUAUUCGGCUCCCUCGUCCCUCCCGUCACAGAAUAUACGUCACAGUACGUCAUACCCGACAUCCAGGCGGCAGGAAGACAUUUCAACCUUAACGCCACCAUCAUCACAGAAUCUGAAUGCAUCCCGGACAUCGGGGUCAAGGCCAAUUGGACUUCUUUCAAAGCUGGAUCACGUCAGUUCUCCGUGACAACAAUUUCAGCCAACGACAAUCUGACGGAAAUCAAGAGCAGGUCACCGACGUGUACGUUCGGCGUGCAGAUGACUGGGUUUGCCACCUACGAGGCCUACGCAUACUUUCUGACACCUUUUAGUGCAAACUCUUAAUCAACGAAACUCUUUGGUAAGCACGUAUUCCAACAGAUGUAAACCGUAAAUCCCCGUUAACCGAGGAACCAAGGACUAUCCAUUCUGUUUGAUACAAGCGGAAUAUCUACCCCCAAAAAUAAACAUACCCAAAAAAUCUAAAACAAACAAAGCAAAAUAUUUAGAUAAAAUAAAUUUUCUGGCAUGUUGAUUUA